AUGGCUGCUCACGUACAGGAUGUAUUUAUGUUGUUUGGAGACUCUAUCACCCAGGGAGCAUGGGAGCCAGGCCUCAAUGGAUUUGGACAACGUCUUUCGCAUGUCUAUGCGCGCAAAUUGGACGUGCUAAAUCGAGGGUUGUCGGGAUAUAACACUGAAUGGGGCAUUCCCGUGUUUGAGCAGUGCAUCGCAAAGCGCUCUGACGAAAAUGCGCCCAAACUACGAGUUCUUGCAAUUUGGUUCGGCGCGAACGAUGCAUGCAUCUUACCAUCGCCUCAACACGUUCCGCUGACCAAGUUCUCAAGCAAUUUGAAUAAAAUGGUGGACAUGGUGAAAUCACCCGAGUCCCCGCGCUACUCCCCAGACACACGCAUCAUAUUGAUCAGCCCGCCGCCAGUGAACACGCUGGCGAGACGCGCGGACCUGGCGGCUCGCAAUCCGCCGCUGGCGCUGGACCGCGAGUUUGAAAUUACGCGUGCCUACUCGGAGGCAGUGCGAGAGGUUGCCAAUGCUCAGAACGUUCCGUUUGUGGAUGUGUGGAACGCGAUCUGGACCGCAGCGGGCGAGAACGAGGAGAGCCUGAGCAAGUUUCUGGGAGACGGACUGCAUCUAAAUGAAGACGGAUAUAAGAUUGUAUACAACGAGUUAAUGAAGACAAUCACUGAGCAAUGCCCGGAGGUGCACUACGACAACCUGGCAUAUGUUUUUCCACCAUGGGCUGAAAUUGACUUGAGCGAGCCGGCCAAGAGUUUGUAUAUCAUGUAG